AUGAGACUUUUAAGCUAUAACUGCUGCGGUUUGGGAAGCAAGCGUGCAGUUAGAGCUUUGAAGUCGCUUCUGCGACGAGCUUCCCCGCAAGUGGUUUUCUUGAUGGAAACCAAACAAGCAAAAGCUGAGAACGAGGAGACCCAGAAAGAGCUCGGGUUUGCUGGUGGAGACAGUUGGCCGACGGACACAUCACGUGGAGGUCGAGCAGAGGGACUGUGUGUAUGGUGGAAAGAGGAAGUCGAAUUAACAGUCAUGCACGCUUCUAGCCACUGUAUGGAUUUGAAAAUAGUAGGAGAAGGAGGGGAGAUAUGGAGAUUCACUGGCAUUUAUGGUUGGCCGGGGUCAGGACAGAAGCAUAAUACGUGGGACUUAAUACGCGGACUUGCGAGGCAAUGGGAGGGCCCAUGGCUAUGUGGAGGAGACUUUAAUGAGAUAUUAUCGGGAGAAGAAAAGAGAUGUGGACAGGUCAGGGAAGAGAAUGACAUAGAGGCUUUUCAAGAGUGCCUGGUCGAGGGCGAUCUUAGAGAUCUGGGGUUCCACGGCUAUCAAUACACGUGGGAGAACCGAAGGCGCAAUGGAGGUUAUGUGGAGGAGAGGCUCGAUAGGUUCGUGGCGACCGAAGAAUGGGCUAUAAGGUUUAAUAAGUGUAAGGUAAGGCACAUGGACAAAACUCGGUCAGAUCAUCGACCAAUCAUUUGCGACACGGAGGGUGAUGAUGAUGAUGAUGAACCGAGAUGGGGCUGGAGCUUUCGUUACGACCCGUUCUGGUCCAAACAUGAGGACAGCAAGCGGGUAGUGAAGGAGGCAUGGGGAGGUGGGGGUGCGUUGAGUGCAAUGGACAAAAUUAGCCAAUGUCGUGCAAAAUUGGAGCUCUUCAACAUUCCCCAACUUUGCUAG